GUCGUGUUCGCGCGCCUCCCUUUCCCGCGUCCCAGAGCGCGGGAUAAUAUCCUCCCCGCCGCCUCCUCUGCCGGAACGCAGGCAGCUUCACCUCACCUUCCAACCGCCCGCGGGCGCGACGCUGACCGCAUCGCCAUCGUCGGGGUCCGGCCGACCAGCGCCACCCGACAAAGCCACGCCGCUGGCACCCCCUCCCCUCUUCUCCCCCUUCAGCUAGCUAUCCACUCGCCCAAUCGCCUCCUCCCUUCCGCCGCUGCAGCGCAGCAGGUGAGCCGGCGCGUGGUCGUAGCAACUGCAGCGGCGCCGUCGCCGGCGGCCGGUCGAUAGAUGAAGGUGCUCUGCUCCGCGUGCGAGGCGGCCGAGGCGCGCGUGCUCUGCUGCGCCGACGAGGCCGCCCUCUGCGCGCUCUGCGACCGCGACGUGCACGCCGCCAACCGCCUCGCCGGCAAGCACCACCGCCUGCCGCUCCAGCCGCCCGCUGCCGCCUCCGUGCCCGGCUGCGACAUAUGCCAGGAGUCCCACGCCUACUUCUUCUGCGUCGAGGACCGCGCGCUGCUCUGCCGGAGCUGCGACGUCGCCGUGCACACGGCCAACGCCUUCGUCUCCGGCCACCGAAGGUUCCUCCUCACCGGCGUCCAGGUCGGCCUGCAGCCUGACGCCCAGGAGCCGGCGCCGGAUCCCCCGAACGCCGCCUCCGCCGCAGCAGCACCAGCUCCCCUGCCAACACCGCCGUCCGCCAAGAAGGCGCGCAGCAGCCCGGCGCCGCUGUACAGCGACGACGACAUCGACUGGGCGAUCGGCGGCCCGGACGUCGGCAUCGCCGGGAACCUGCCGGACUGGUCGGUCGUCGACGAGCAGUUCAGCGCUCCGGUGCCGAGGCCCGCGGAGCCGCUUGUGACCAGGACCCCAUCCAAGCGGAGCCCCCGGCGGCCGGUCCAGGGCUGCCUUGCAGGGGGCAUGCCGGACUGGACGCUGGACGAGUUCUUCGGCUUCUCGGAUUUCAACCCCGGCCUCGGCUUCACCGAGAAUGGCACGUCCAAGGCUGACAGCGGGAAGCUCGGGAGCACCGAGAGCUCGCCGGCCGGCCGGUCGUCGUCCGUCUCGGCGCAGGAUUUCUUCGGGCAGGUGCCGGAGUUCCACCAGUGGUCCGUGCCGGAGCUCCCCUCCCCGCCCACGGCCUCGGGCCUCCACUGGCAGGGCGGCCCGCGACACGGCGCCGCCGCCGCCGACACCGCCGCGGUGUCCGUGCCGGACAUCUCCUCCCCGGAGAACCCCUUCCGCUGCUUCGCCGCCGGCGCCGGCCAGACGCAGCCGGCGCCCGCGAAGCGCCGGAGAUGAUGUUAACGUGAGAAAAUAGGAGUACUGGAGUUGUGUGGUGUAGGCUUGCAAGAAACAGGAACUUGUGGGUUAGUUGUACUUCCAUGGUGAGAAGUCGGUAGCUCGUAGGGCAAGUGAAGAGCUAGCUGCUGCUACCUAGCAAGGCAGCACAUGAUGAGAGUGAGGAUUGCUUGGAGAAGAUGAAGCAGACCAGACAGAGAUGUAGCAACUACUAGUUCCUAGCUGUUGAACCUGAUUGACUAGGGGAUCUGUGUAACUCUGUGUAUGUUGGUUUUGUUAGCUCGAGCUGUCAGAAAAGGUAAAGAUGAAAAAUAAAGUGGAUCCGCUGGGCUGUCACGAGGGGUAA